UUUAAUUAACCACCCACGCCUACAUCCUUGCAGCAAACAUGGGGAAUGCUCUCACAAAAGCUGCUCUUCUGGACUUUGCCAUUCAAGCUGUGGGCUGUGCAAUAGCCCUAAAGUUCCAGACGGAGAAGUUCUUUGAUGCAACAGGCUCCCUGACCUUUAUAGUCCUCAUCCUCCAGUCACUAAUGAAUGGAGGGACUUUCUUCCCACGACAAGUGAUCCAAUCUAGUCUAGUUAGCGUCUGGGCCGUGAGAUUAGGACUGUUUCUGUUUGUGCGUGUUCUUCGCGAUGCCAAGGAUGGGAGAUUUGACAAAGUGAGGACCAACCCGCGACUUUUCAUCAUUUUCUGGUUUGUGCAAGCCUUAUGGGUAUUUGCUACACUGGCCCCAACCCUGAUACUGAAUUACAAACAGACUGACAAGAAGCUAACAGCAAGGGACUACGUUGGUUGGACGAUAUGGGGCGUUGGUAUGCUCAUGGAAUCCAUUGCCGACUAUCAGAAGUUCACGUUCCGCAGUGACCCGUCAAACAAGGACAAGUGGAUAGCCUCUGGACUAUGGUCGAUAGUGCGUCAUCCCAACUACCUUGGUGAGAUACUCUCCUGGUCCGGUCUCUGUCUCUCUGCCUCUUCAACUUUCACUGGUUGGGAGAAUGUAGCCGUUAUCUCUCCAGUCUUGGUUGCUCUGUUGCUCACUCGUGUGUCUGGCAUACCGAUCCUUGAACGGAGGGCCUUGAAACGCUGGAAGGAUAAUCCUGACUAUAUUGGGUAUUUGAGGAACAGUUACCGGCUGGUCCCCUACAUAUACUGAGGGAGACCCCGUCACCUUUUAAGCAAUGACAAGCUUGUGUGCUUUAUUUCAUGUACUGUUUGUUUUUAAUUAAAUAAAUCUUUCAGUUUCAAUAUAUCA